CCGGUACAGCGGCGCCGGCAGCAGCACGAGCCCCGGACACGGACGCAGCGGCCCCGCCAGCUUUAGCACUCGGUGAACCGUUUCCAAUGGCGAAUAGGAUGCAUCUGUCAUUCUGGGCACUGUUGUGCUUCACCCUGACACUCUUCCUCUCACACACAGAUUCAGUGGCCGUGAUGUCUGUUGACUUGGGUAGUGAUUGGCUGAAAAUUGCCAUUGUGAAGCCAGGAGUACCCAUGGAGAUUGUAUUAAACAAAGAAUCAAGACGGAAAACUCCUGUUGCUGUGUCUCUGAAAGAAAACGAGCGUCUGUUUGGAGACAGUGCGGUUGCAAUGUCAGUGAAGAACCCCAAAGUGGUGGUGCGUUACCUGCAGGACCUGUUGGGGAAGCAGCUGGAAAACCCACAGGUGGCGCUUUACAGGAAACACUUCCCUGAGCACGAGCUGAUAGCAGACGAGAGACGAGGCACUGUUCUCUUCAAACUCUCAGAGGAGCUAAAGUAUUCCCCUGAGGAGCUUGUAGGAAUGAUGCUGAACUACUCCAGAUCCCUGGCUCAGGAGUUUGCAGAGCAGCCAAUUAAGGACUUGGUGAUUACGGUGCCUGUGUAUUUUAAUCAGGCAGAGAGAAGGGCAGUCUUGCAGGCUGCCCAUAUUGCUGGCCUCAAGGUCCUUCAACUCAUCAAUGAUAACACAGCAGUGGCCCUGAACUACGGGGUCUUCAGGAGGAAGGAUAUCAACAGCACGGCCCAGACGGUUAUGUUUUAUGACAUGGGCUCCAGCAGCACCACAGCUACCAUCAUCAUCUAUCAGACUGUCAAGACCAAGGACUCGGGGACACAGCCCCAGCUCCACGUUCGGGGAGUUGGGUAUGAUCGCACUCUGGGAGGGUUUGAGAUGGAGCUUCGCCUGAGGGAUCACCUUGCCACACUGUUCAAUGGGCAAAAGAAAAGCUCCAAAGAUGUCCGUGAGCAUCCGCGAGCCAUGGGCAAACUUUGGAAGGAAGCCAACCGUGUGAAAACAAUACUGAGCGCCAAUGUCGAUCAUGUGGCGCAGAUCGAGGGACUUCUUGACGAUAUUGACUUCAGGGCGAAGGUAACGAGGGCCGAGUUUGAGGAUCUGUGCGGCGAUCUGUUUGAGAGGGUCGCGGGCCCGGUUCAUCAGGCCCUGAAAGUAGCCGAGAUGCACAUGGAUGAAAUAGAUCAAGUGAUCCUGGUGGGAGGAGCCACACGAGUUCCCAAGGUGCAGGAGAUUCUGCUGAAAGUGGUUGGAAAGGAGGAGUUGGGAAAGAACAUAAACGCCGAUGAAGCAGCCGCGAUGGGUGCUGUGUACCAGGCUGCUGCACUCAGCAAAGCCUUUAAAGUGAAACCCUUCCUCAUCCGGGAUGCAGCCCUGUAUCCUAUUCAGGUUGAAUUCAUGCGAGACAUUGAGGAAGAGGAAGGUGUGAAGAGCAUUAAACACAACAAGCGCGUGCUCUUCCAGAGAAUGUCCCCGUAUCCCCAGCGUAAAGUCAUUACGUUCAACCGCUACAUUGAUGACUUUGAGUUCUUUGUGAACUAUGGAGAAAUGAACUUCCUUGAUGAUCACAACCUCGGAAUCUUUGGAUCAUUGAACCUGACCACAGUCCGACUGAAUGGAGUUGGAUCAAGCUUCAAGAAACACACAGAUGCUGAAUCUAAAGGCAUCAAAGCCCACUUUAACAUGGAUGAAAGUGGCAUUCUCACAUUGGACAGAGUGGAGUCUGUGUUUGAGAAGUUGCAAGAUGGUGAACCCGAGGAGGAGUCCACAUUGACCAAACUUGGCAACACCAUCUCUAGUUUAUUUGGAGGUGGCAGCUCCGAGCCAGAUGCCAAGGAGAACCUAACGGAAUCCGUGCAUGAUGAAGACGAGGUGCCAAGUGAAAGUGGCAGGAGUGAGCAGGAAGAGCAGCCCACACAGCCAAAGGACGACCCUGCUCCCAGUUCAGAGGAGGAGGCUCAGAGUGAGGGAGAGAAGCUGGAGCCUGCGGCUGAGGGGGAGAACCCGGAUCAGGCCUCGGAAGGAGAGAAACCCCAACCGGUUGAUCCAGAUCAGGCCUCGCAGGAAACCCCAGACACGCAGGAUNAAAAAGCCGAGGAAGCUGGAAAGGAAGAGGUGAAAGGUCAGGAAUCUAAUAAAACCGAGAACAUUAAGAAGCCAAAGGGCCCAAAGCGGGUAAAGAUCACAGAGGAUGUUACUGUGGAACUCAGAAUCCAGGAUCUGCCCAAUCCAUCCGAGGAGGAAAUCAACCAGUCCAAAAAAAAGCUACAGGACCUGAGUGACCGGGACUUCGAGAAGCAGGAGCGCGAAAAGGUGGCCAACACUCUAGAGGCUUUCAUCUUCGAGACUCAGGACAAGUUGCACCAGGAUGAAUAUCAGGCUGUUUCAGCACAAGACGGUCGAGACCAGAUCUCUGCCAAACUGUCCGAGGUGUCCACCUGGCUGGAGGAAGAGGGUUACACAGCAAACAUAAAGGAGCUGAAAGCUAAGCUAUUGGAGCUGCGGAAGCUGUGUAAAGAUCUCUUCUUCAAAGUAGACGAGCGCAGGAAAUGGCCGGAUCGGCUGGCAGCCCUGGACAGCAUGCUCAAUCACUCAUCCAUCUUCCUGAGGGGAGCGCGGAUGAUCCCGGGGGAUGAUCAGAUUUUCACUGAAGUGGAGUUAAACAUGCUGGAAAAUGUCAUUAAUGAGACCAUUGUGUGGAAGAAUACCACUAUAGCGGAACAGAAUAAGCUGUCACCCACGGUGAAACCCAUCCUCCUCUCCAAAGACAUCGAAGCUAAGCUGUCUGUCCUGGACCGAGAAGUCAAGUACUUGCUCAACAAAGCCAAGUUUGCCAAACCCAAACCAAAGAAGGAGAAAGUGCCGAAAAACACAACCCAGGCAGACAAGAGCACGGCGAAUGCCAAUCAGGAAAAAGUUAUACCCCCUCCCCAGGAAAAGCCAGACAAGGAGAUUGUCACUGAGGCAGGAGACACUGAGCCAAAGGAUGAUGUGAAACCGGCAGAGGCUCCGCCUGCAGAGAGUGAGGCUGAGAAGAGCAGCGACGAGCAUGUGAAGCUCCCGGAGCCCCUGGAGUUAGAGUCCAGUGAAGGUACGUCGGAGAAGAAACUAGAAGGCGUCCCAGACAAACACCCACCGGAUGAGCUGUGAAGCUCUUGUUUGUGUUUUGCCGACUAUUUAUAUAACAUUACUUUUUUUGUAAUGGAAAACUUUGCUAUAAUUUAAAAGAAUGAUGAGAUGUGAUGUGGAGCAGACGUGUACAUUUCUUUUUAUUUUUAACCCACCCUGGAUCUCCCCCAUUCCCCCCGUGAUGGAGGGCGGAGGGUACCAAUGUGUUUUGAGUGUUUGGUUGAAUGCUCUGGUUCAGACACAGAACAGGCUGUUUAAUGUUCACACUUUUUUAAGGCAAUUUCACAAAAAUUAUGUUCCCACUGGUCAUUUAAACCCAGCUGUUUGUUUUAUUCCUGUUCUUUCAUUUUCCCCAGAUUCUGAUUUGCUUUUUUUUAAAAAGAAGUAUCAAAAA